GCGUAAACACCGCCGGGGCGCCGCGGCCGAGCAGGCGCUUCCCGAGGCAGGGCCAUGCUCACAUUCAUGGCCUCUGACAGUGAGGAAGAAGUGUGUGACGAGAGGACAUCCCUGAUGUCGGCUGAGAGCCCCCCGCCACGCUGCUGCCAGGAGGCCAGGCAGGGCCUGGAGGAUGGAGAAAAUGCUGCCCAGUGGAGAAGCCAGGACAGCGAGGAGGACUUUGAGGAUGAUGCUGACCACUACGUCUGCGGCGGGGUACCUGGGCAGCCGUCGGGCCUGGAGGAGGAGCUGACCCUCAAGUAUGGGGCAAAGCACGUGAUCAUGCUCUUUGUGCCGGUCACCCUGUGCAUGAUUGUGGUGGUGGCCACCAUCAAGUCCGUGCGCUUCUACACAGAGAAGAACGGACAGCUCAUCUACACACCAUUCACCGAGGACACGCCCUCUGUGGGCCAGCGCCUCCUCAACUCUGUGCUCAACACCCUCAUCAUGAUCAGCGUCAUUGUGGCCAUGACCAUCUUCUUGGUCGUGCUCUACAAGUACCGCUGCUACAAGUUUAUCCAUGGCUGGUUGAUCAUGUCAUCCUUGAUGCUCCUGUUCCUUUUCACCUAUAUCUACCUCGGGGAAGUGCUUAAGACCUACAACGUGGCCAUGGACUACCCUACCCUGUUCCUGACUGUCUGGAACUUUGGGGCAGUGGGCAUGGUGUGCAUCCAUUGGAAAGGCCCCUUGGUGUUGCAGCAAGCCUACCUCAUCAUGAUCAGUGCCCUCAUGGCCUUGGUGUUCAUCAAGUACCUCCCCGAAUGGUCUGCCUGGGUCAUUCUGGGCGCCAUCUCUGUGUACGAUCUAGUGGCUGUGCUGUGCCCCAAAGGGCCUCUGAGGAUGCUGGUGGAGACCGCCCAGGAGAGAAACGAGCCCAUAUUUCCUGCCCUGAUAUACUCCUCUGCCAUGGUGUGGACAGUGGGCAUGGCCAAGCUGGACCCCUCCUCCCAGGGAGCCCUGCAGCUGCCCUACGACCCAGAGAUGGAAGAAGACUCGUAUGACAGUUUUGGGGAGCCCUCGUACCCGGAAGUCUUUGAGCCCCCCCUGCCUGGUUACCCAGGGGACGAACUGGAGGAAGAGGAGGAAAGGGGCGUGAAGCUCGGCCUGGGGGACUUCAUCUUCUACAGUGUGCUGGUGGGCAAGGCAGCGGCCACAGGCAGCGGGGACUGGAACACCACGCUGGCGUGCUUCGUGGCCAUCCUCAUUGGUUUGUGUCUGACCCUCCUGCUGCUUGCUGUGUUCAAGAAGGCACUGCCUGCCCUCCCCAUUUCCAUCACAUUUGGGCUCAUCUUUUACUUCUCCACGGACAACUUGGUGCGUCCGUUCAUGGAUACCUUGGCCUCCCAUCAGCUCUACAUCUGACAUGAGGCCAGGCACUGGGCUGGCAGCCAUGGGAAGUUGUAAUGGGUGCCCUCGUGUCGUUUCACACUCUAGUGCCAUAUGUUUUUAAGACUUUCCUUUCCUUAAAAAAAAAAAAAAAA